AUGCAUGAAACUACAUCACCUUCGGCUCCCAACGGUCCUUUGAAAGAAUCAACUGUGUCAAUAAUGCCAUUGAAUGGUUACACAGCACCUGCACUCCCUCCAAUCGACACCUCAUAUUCACCCUUUUCUGCAGACCUAAAUCACUAUACGCCCGUUAGGGGUUCCAAACCUUCCUAUAAACCAUUGGAUAUUGAUAGAGAAGAUAUUCGCCUUCUUAUUCUUCCAUGCGCCGGCUCCAGUAGCCAGAACUAUGAAUUUAUUCAUGUUUCUCUACUCACCAAUGUGAAAUAUGAGGCAUUAUCUUAUGCAUGGGGUGACCUGCCUGCAAACAAAACGAUAAAGAUUGAUAAGACAGAUUACUACGUGCGAGAUAAUUUAUUUGCAGCACUAGAAGCUCUUCGCUUGCGGAGUCGGCGGCGUUAUCUGUGGGUGGAUGCUGUAUGCAUCAAUCAAGAAGACUUUGAUGAGCGCAAUGCGCAAGUCGCACUCAUGAGUCAAAUAUACGCGAAAGCCGAUGAAGUUAUUGUGUGGUUGGGCAAAGCUGGAAGAGAUUACUGGGGCGCAAUGACAUUGCUAGACAGUCUAGGCAAUUCCGCAACGUCUGCGAAAGAGCUAUCGAGAUCCAUAACAGAACAUGCAGCUGUUUCUCAUGUAAAGUUUUGGACUGAAUUGUCUAUGUUGUGCCACAGGCCAUAUUGGCAAAGACUUUGGAUUAUACAAGAGGUAGUCCUCGCUUCAAAAAUCAAAGCUCACUGCUCAUCAUUGAUCUUUGAUUGGGAGCGCCUAGAUUGGGUAUUUCGACGAAUGAAUACUAUUCAAGAGACAGCCACAAGCUUAUAUGUUGGUACAUCAUUAGCUGGAGGCGGCGAUAAAGGAUACUUUAGCUUACUCCAGACACUGGAAGCUAUCCGAAAUAGUGUACCCUCUCGAUUGUCCAAGAGAAGACAAGAGAUUAAGGAACGAAUCCCCUUGCUAGAUCUUUUUCUGACUCACAGUGAAGCAUUAUGCACCGACCAGAGAGAUAAAUUUUUUGGCUUGUAUAGCCUUGCGAAGGAUUGCUGCACUAAGGCCACUCCUGCAGAUUAUAGACAAACGUUCUUCGAAACUAUAUCUAUGGUCACUCUGCAUCAUUUCCGUCGCCAUACCGAUAAACUUGACGUUCUUCAGAAAUAUGAACAUUUCCGACAAACUCUUGCGAGAACAAUGCCCAAUUCAAUCCAUAUCGUGCAAGAUUUCCUCGAUCAUAAUCCAGAUGCUUUGGAAGGCCAAGAGAUCAUGAAAGCAGUUGGAAACGUUCGAGGAUCUAUUGUGUAUAUUAGCCCACCGCUAAAAGAUUUAUGCUUAACAGAUUAUCUUCGAGAUUUAGACUUUUUAGACUUGAAUGCAACUCCACUCAUUGAGGAUCAAUUGCGUUACUUCUUUCAUCAACGCGGCGGUAAAGGAUACUUUCACAACGAUCGACUUCAUAAUAUCGAUGAUAUUUGCAAUUAUGGGAGUCGUGAGAAAUGCUCAUUUUCAGCUUUUUAUUUGGAAGCUGCUCCUAGAGUCGAGGAUAUCGAUUUGCUGACUUCUGAUGUAUCAAGCCCGCGUCAGAAGUCGCUGCCACCAGGAAAGAGAGAUCGCAUAGUGAAUCAACUAAUGUCCUCGUUUGAUCAAACCCUCCAUGAAGCAAAAUGGAAGGCAGAGCAAUCUAGCAAUACUACACCAGUCAGGUUAUUCUUGGAAGAGAAUGGGAUGAUAGGAUACGUAUCAGACAAUGCACAAGUUGGCGAUCUCGUUGUUCAGUUUCGAGCUACAAGCACUGCUGUAGUCAUGAGAAAAGAAGGAGAUCAAGGUAACAUUGUCGGAAGAGUGUGUGAUCUACUCGAUCGCCGUUCGAAGCAUGGAAAGUCACGACCAUUUGUAUGCCAAGAUCAAGAUAUCGACGAGAAUGGAUUUGAUGUGUCACCUCAAUUGAUAUGUUUACGCAUGAAGCUUUCAGCCUUGCGGAUGUUGGCCAAUGGAAAUCCAAUGUAUAAUUGA